AUGGUGAUUGAAAUGGGUUCAAUUUACAGAGUUAACCACUCAAAUAUACCAAAAUCUUCUACAUUUCCAGCUUCAUUCAGCUCAAUCAAAGUUGUUCUUGUGAAUCUCAAAACUGAUGAAGAAAUAAAAGUUGUUUACCCUAGCAAUCAGUCUUUAACAGAUUUUUUUGGUAAUAAAAUGGUGGAAACAAGGUUAAUAAGGCAACCAAAUUUAGAUAAGCAUUUGGCAAUGACUUUAAAUCUGGGUAAAAAAUUGUUUACCCAGAAAGUUUCAUCGGAGGAAUUUACUGCUCAAAGAGGAAAUAAAGAUUUCUGGGUUUUUGAUGAUGAGGAAGAUGAAGAUCAUGGGGAUAUUGAUAAUGAUGAAGAUGACGAUGAUUUUUCAGAUGGUGGAUUAACGAUGGAAUGGGGAACGCGAAGAAGAACAGCAGCUUAUGGUAAAAAAAGAGUUUAUCAGAAAAAUACAAGCAUUUUUCCUUGUAUGGUGAAAGGAGAAGAAGAUGCAAAAAUGGAAAUUCCAGAAAAAACACGAGUUCUUAGGAAGAGAAAAUGCCAAUUUAAUAGCGUUAAAUAUCAAGAAAAAAAGAAGCAGAGAAUUAAAGAAGUUCCAGAAAAGAAGUUUAAAGAUUCUCAACAUAGAUGGACUCUUGAAAGAUAUCAGUUGGCAGAACAGAACAUGCUGAAGAUUUUGAAGGAAAAAGGAGCAGGACCCGGGAAUACCAUUUUACGACCCGAUUUGAGGGCAGAGGCUCGGAAACUGAUUGGUGAUACGGGUCUUUUAGACCAUUUGCUUAAGCAUAUGGCAGGGAAGUUGGCUCCUGGAGGGAAGGAGAGGUUUCGACGUCGACAUAACCCGGAAGGUGCAAUGGAGUAUUGGUUGGAGAGUGCUGAUUUGAUGGAGAUCCGGAAGCAAGCGGGUGUUAAUGACCCGUAUUGGGUUCCGCCCUCUGGAUGGAAACCUGGGGAUUGCCCAAAUCAUGACCCGGUAUGUGAUAUGCUUAUGAAGGAAGUUAGGGAGGAAGUUGCUGAUAUGAAGAGAGAGAUUGAAAAACUGAAAGAAAACAAGGAAGCAUUAGAACAAAAGGCAUUACAUGCAGAGGUAAUGAAGAGGAGAGCUCAAAUUGAUAGACAACUGUUGAAUCUCUAUUCAGAAAUUGAGUGUUUACAGGAGGAGAUAGAGAGGCUAAAACAGCCAGUGUCUGGAGAAAAGAAGGGUCAAGAUCAGUUAUUGGCAAAAGGAUCAGUAGCUGCAACAACAAAACCCAAAACAAUUUCAAUACACAAAGAAAACAGGAAACAAAGUGGAUUCAGAAUCUGCAAACCUCGGGGCAGUUUUCUUUGGCCUUCUCAAAUAGCUUCCUCUUCUCCAAUGGUGUUCCGUCUCGAAGAUCUUAUAGGGUACCCUACACCGCUCUCUGUCUCUUCCUCCUCCUCUUCAAAUAGGCUGCCCUCCCCUCCUCUUGUAGGGUGCCCUACACCUCCCUCUGUCUCUUCCUCCUCUGUGAUAAGGCCGGUUGCAAUGAAGGCUGCUGUGACUCUGAAUUUCUCAUUUUCAACCAUUAGAGGUUCAACAACUGUUGAGAGUAUUUGUAGCCCUACGGUUACUGCUGCUAUUAAAACUGGGUGCAUCAGUAGUGUUAAUGCUUAUGUUCCUGACCUCAACGAAAUCCCCAUGUCUUCUUUCACUUGA